UCUAUUGACAUUCAUAUUUUUUGAAAACUAAUCACUAGCAUCUAGAAAGCGUCUAGAAAUCAAAAUAAAUCACUGUCAGUUACUUCGAAUUUUGCCGCAUGUUAACAAAAGUUACAACUUCUUCACAAAGAAUCCGCAGUUAUCUUCUUUUAUUUUAAACGAUCAGCAUCGCGCCGGAACAAUUUGUCACCGUACCUCAGCAUCAGUAAUGUAUUCAAUCUUUUUAAUAUUCCAUUAACCCGGAAGCCUUUGAACCGCGGCUCGAUUGAAAGAAUAAAUGUCAUUCAGCGCGAAGCUAAAAUCCCGUAAGACAAGCCCGUGGGGCAGAAUAGUGAAACCGUCGCGUGCCCACAUAAACCGAGCGACGGGUUCCGGCUGCAGGUUCGCCAGUCAACGAAAGACCUUCGAGACGAUCGAGCAUCCUGGCGCAAUCGAAGCACGCCAUGAGCGCCGGCGUUGGGUCGAUCUUGUGCGUGAUUCUCGGGGUUUCAGGAAUGCUCGUGCUGCAUCCGGCGAGCGGUAGUCCGUAUCGUGAUAGUAACACUGCGACACAUCCGGGAUAUAACUACGAUUACUUGGAAGAGAGGAUAUUUCAAGAAGAAAAAGCCCUGGAUGAAGAAAGUAGUAGGUUGGUGUUAUUCAUUACACAACAAAUGCAAACUAGAGAAUCGUCGUCGGAUGAUGACUACGACAGGGGUUUUUCUCUAUUUGGCCUAGUUGAAUCCGUGCUGUCUGUUGUAGCGAGUGGUCUCAAUACAGUCAUGAGUAGCAUUGUUGGCACCGAGAAAAAGAAUUCACGCUCGAGUGCCAGAAGAAUAAAUUAUCGAAAUUACCAUUUGAUCAGAGUGUUUCCGAACACGGAGAAGCAUGUUGCGGAUCUGCGCGAUUUGAAAGACACCGAGCCCGAAGACAUAAAAUUUUGGUCUUUUCCAAACCCCAACAGAACCUUAGAUGUCAUCGUCGCGCCGGAUGUCGUAGCAGACGUUAAGGAUUAUUUGAGAGAUAAGAAAAUUGAUUUCAAAGUGUUGAUAUCGGAUAUCCAGAAGACGAUAUCUUAUCAAAAUCCGAAAAUGUCAAAAGAACAACGCGAAGACUUGGUUACCACACAAGGCCAUACGAUGACAUGGAAACGUUAUCAUCGAUAUGGAGAUAUCGUCCGCUAUUUAGAAUACCUGGCCUUCAGGUAUCCCAAAAUGGUAGAAUUGACGACCAUCGGCCAGAGUUACGAGGGUCAACCGAUUAAAAUGGCAAAAGUGUCGAUAGGAUUGAACAAGGAUGGCGAACGAAAGCCGUCGAUUUGGAUCGAUGCCGGCAUGCACGGACGAGAAUGGAUUGGUACCGCCGUGGCGACCUACAUAUUGAGCCAGUUGGUUGAGAGGAACUCAACCUAUUCGAAAUUGCUGGACAAUUCGGACUGGAUGAUUCUACCAGUCGCUAAUCCCGACGGUUAUGAGUACAGCCACACCGGCGAUCGUUUCUGGCGAAAAACCAGAAGCAAUCAUGUGGAAAGCGAAAACGAUAGCAAGUCGCCUCCCAAUCUGUUACAGUUCCUAACACACUAUACUAGAUGGUUCUGGACUAAAUGCGAGGGCGUUGAUCCGAAUCGAAAUUUUGCACACCACUGGGGCGAGGAGAAAGAGAACGGGGCCAGUUUAGAUCCUUGUCGCGAAAAUUACUCUGGACCGUACGCCUUUUCUGAACCGGAAACGAAAGCCAUGUCAGAUUAUAUUCUGGCGAACAAGCAGCAUAUAAGAAUGUAUUUGACUUUGCAUUCUUACUCACAAAUGUGGCUGGUACCGUGGGGAUACACACGCUCGAAACCUUCGGAUUACACCGACUUGGUGAACGUAGCGAAGAAGGCGAUUAACGCGAUUGCAAAAGUUCACGGCACUCAUUAUCAAAUUGGAUCUAUGGCAGAUCUGAUGUAUCCAACUUCUGGAUCGUCCGAUGAUUGGGCCAAAGGCGUCGCCGGAAUAAAAUAUGCAUACACAGUGGAACUUCGCGAUCGCGGAACUUAUGGGUUUCUUUUGCCGGCGACUCAAAUAGUUCCGACGGCGCGCGAAAUUUGGGCGGGUAUUCGCGCAAUCACUCGCUUAGUCACCUGUAAUACAUGAAGUCGCGCUUCUGAUGCAAAUGUACUUAGUUUUUCAGAUGUAUCAGAGCGAGUUAAUGUCCUUUGCGAAAUAUGUAGGUAUCUCCCUACCUACGCAAUAGACAUCGCUAGACAAAGUACAACAUUUGUAUCAAGCAUUCGUAUUGUUAUCGAAAUAAAUUAAAUGGGUAUGAUGACGACAAAAGAUAAAUCUGUAAUUAAAUGGAGAUAACGUCAGACACAUUAUUCGUGUGAUAUUAUCGAUUCUCGGGUUAAAAAACAAAUGCAUGAGAUGCUGUAAUAGAUUUCACGUUCCUUACGCGUGUUACGUUUCUAAAUUACGUUUCUAAAUUAAUUUUUCGGAAAUUUAGCUUUAGAAAUUUAAUAGCAAAUUUAGG